AGGAAAGAAGGGCCUCCAAUGAUAAUAUUGUACAGACAAUAUUAGUAUUUUUUUAAGUCAAUUAGUAAUAUAGAUGAGAGAUUUUUUUGUAUAAGCGAUGGAGGCUGCAAAGACUGAUACGAUAGAUUUAGGUUCAUUCUUUGAGUUCUUGUUUUUCGCUCGUUUAUUCUUUAUUUCGUUAUUGUUACAGAAAAGUUGUUUCCUGACAAAUAAAUCUGUUUAUUAACCAAAUGAAUAAUUAAUUUCUAGGAUGGAGCCAGUAGCUACCACAUCUGCGGAAUAUUCCGAGUUUUCCGAAGCUCAUAAGCGAGCAAACGUGGAGCCGGAAAAUACGAAGAUAGAGAAAAAUCGUGGGGAAACGUUUCAGUGUAGCUUUUGCGGAUUAGCGGAACGUUACGAUUACAAGGGCUGUAAGCCACCGUUUGCAAGGACUGUGACUUACUUGGAAGAAUGCUACAUUAUGAAGGAUCCAUUUAGCCUACCCAACAGGGGGGAAAUCCUAGUGCUAGGUUCAGACUGCGGAGUUUGUACAAAACCAGUUUGUCUCGGCUGUAGUUUAUUUUUUAUUAAAAGAUUCUGCCAGGCUUGCGCCGAACAAGAAAUGUCCAGUUUACCCGUUCAGUUACACUCCAAAAUAAAAAGCUUGAAAAAGAAGGAUGUUAAGUGAUCGAGGACGAUCUUUAAUUCAUUUUCAUUGCUAUCGUAUAAAUGUACAAGACACUUUGACGACUGAUAGUGUAAUAAAACGAUUCAAGUAUUGG